AUGGGCAGACAAUUUAAAUUUACAACAGAUGAAGGUAGAGCAUCCGUAGUUUAUUCAACAAGUACAGGUAAAGGUGGAUUAUAUUCUCCAAACGAUUAUGUAUUUAAUUCUACAAUUGACUCAGCAAGAAAUACUAAUAUUGAAGAGCAAAGUGAAGAAGAAUUGUCUCAACAACCCGCCAUUACAAAUACCACAAGUAUCAUAAACAGAAAUAUUGAUGAGCUUUAUGAAGAAGAUAUAAAUAAUGCUUUCGAUAGCACAGCAGUACAACCGACAAAUUAUGAGGUAUUAGCUGGUGUUCAACAGCAAAAAAAAAGCGUUCCAUCAUCGUCAUCUUUAAAUAGUAGCGAAAAUAGUAGCUUGUGCCAUACAUCCAACAAUACUGGCAAUAUGCAAAUGUAUGCUUCAAUUCAAACUCCUGGUCCAGUACCAGUUUUAAAAAAAUAUACCAAACAUGACAACGGCUCCUCUGAAAAUUCUUUAAUAGAAGAAGAAAGGACCUUGCUUAUAGACAAUGACUACUAUGCCAAUGAAAAUAGGCAACAAAGCGAGGAAGAAAAUAUAACAAAUACAUGGGAAAACGUGCUAGAUUCGGGCUCCAUCAUAUCCACCACAUAUAAAAGAGAGUGUUAUACAUUGGUUACAAACUCUAUCCCCUUAGUUUUCACAUUCGUUCUACAAAAUUCUUUAUUUUUGGCAUCUGUGUUUAGUGUUUCUCACUUAGGAACCAAAGAAUUAGGCGGGGUCACUUUAGGCUCAAUGACUGCUAAUAUAACUGGAUUUGCAGCUAUACAAGGUUUAUGUACCUGCUUAGAUACUUUAUGUAGUCAAGCAUAUGGUGCUGAAAAAUAUCAUUUAGUUGGAAUAUAUUUCCAAAGGUGCUGCAUUAUAAGUUUGAUUCUUUUCCUUCCAAUAUUAUUUACAUGGUUUUUUUGGAGUGAGCAAUUAUUGUGCCUUUUCAUUCCUGAAAGGGAAUUGUGUGUAUUAGCGGCAAAAUAUUUGCAAAUUGUUGCAUUUGGUUUACCUGCUUUUAUUUUAUUUGAAAGCGGGAAAAGAUUUUUACAGUGUCAAGGUAUUUUCCACGCAUCUACCAUAAUAUUGUUGUUUUGUGCUCCAUUAAACGCCAUUAUGAACUAUGUAUUGGUGUGGAAUAAAACUAUUGGCAUUGGAUAUCUUGGUGCUCCAUUAAGUGUAGUCAUUAAUUAUUGGCUAAUGUGUAUUGGACUAAUAACUUAUACAAUAUUCACCAAACAUAAGGUAAAUCCUAUGAAGUGUUGGGGUGGACUAAUCAAAUUUAAUCAAGUUUUUAAAAACUGGAACAAAAUUUUUAAUUUAGCUAUUCCCGGGAUUGUCAUGGUGGAAGCCGAGUUUUUAGGUUUUGAGCUUUUGACGGUUUUUGCUAGUUAUUUGGGCGAAGCAGAAUUAGCUGCUCAAUCAAUUGUUUCUACUGUAGCAUCUUUAGCCUAUCAAGUUCCAUUUUCCAUAAGUAUUUCUACCUCGACAAGAGUCGCUAAUUUUAUAGGCGCUAAACUCUGGGAAAAUUGUAUCAGAACAUGUAAAAUUUCGUUACUAUUAUCAUUUGCAGCAAGUAUUGUUAAUAUGACAAUAAUUGCUGUAUUUAGAAAUGGUAUAGCCGAUAUGUUUUCUACUGACAGCCAAGUUAUCUCAAUUGUCUCUAAGACUUUAUUGAUUUUGUCAGCAAUGGAAAUCUUUGAUGCGUUUAAUGCUUGUACAGCAGGAUGUCUAAGAGGUCAAGGCCAGCAGAAGAUUGGAGGUAUCAUAAAUGUUGCUGCAUUUUAUUUGAUCGGUGUUCCAUUGGCAUAUUUUUUAACAUUUAAGUGGAAAAUGGGUGUGGAGGGAUUAUGGCUAGGUGUUAUGGCAGGCUUGAUGUUUAUGUCAUUUGCCCAAUGCUAUGCUGUUUUCAACUGUAAUUGGAAAUCUAUAAUCAGUCGUGCAGAAUCUAGGAAUGAAGAUUAA